AUGUCGAUCCAACUCAUCAACCCGCCCGACGUCCCCCCUCCACGCCCUACCUACUCCCACGUCCAACUCACGCCCCUCUCAGACACGAGCACCCUGGUCACGAUAGCCGGCCAGAUUGGGGUCGACCUGGCCACCAAGACCGCGCCCGAGUCCUUCAUCGGCCAGGUCGAGAUAGCCCUGGCGAAUCUGGGCCGGUGUCUGGCCGCCGUGGGCGCCACGCCCGCCGACAUCGUCAAGAUGACCCAGUUCGUCGUCAACCUGGAUCCCACCGACACGUCGCGUUCCGAGGCCUAUUCCAAGUUCAUGGCCGGCCACCGUCCGCCGAGCACCCUGGUAGGUGUCGCUGCGCUGGCGGCGCCGAAUUGGUUGUAUGAGGUCGAGGCUAUGGCUAUUGUGCAUAAGAAGUGA